AUGGUUUUAGUCAAGAUUUGUGGUAUUAAAGACGUGGAAAGUGCACAAGUUGCAUUGGAUGCCGGUGCUAAUUUGAUAGGGAUGAUUCUUGUUCCUGGUAAAAAACGUACUAUUGAUCAUGGUAUUGCUAAAGAAAUUACACAAUUAGUUAAAUCUAAAAGAUUUCCAAUAACUUCAAAUGAAUUUUAUAGAUCAUUUGGUGGUCGUGGUGAUUCACCUAAAUGGUUCGAGGAGGUUUCUAAAGAAUUAAAAGAAAAAGGUCCUUUCAGUGUUGGAGUUUUCAAAGAUCAAAGUAUUGAAGAAAUUAAUAAAUUAAUUGAUGAAUUAGAUUUAGAUUUUGUUCAAUUACAUGGUAAAGAAAAUCAUGAUGAUUAUAUUCCAAAUUUAAAAGUUCCUACAAUUGCAAGAUUUAUACCUGAUGAAGAUAAUGUAUUAGAUAGUUUAAAACCAAAUAAACAAAUUUUAUCAUUAUUUGAUAGUGAAGCUGGUGGUGAAGGUAUUAAAUUAAAUUGGGAAAAUUUAAGUAAAUGGGCUAAUGAAAAUAAUGCAAAAUAUAUUCUUGCAGGUGGAUUAACACCUGAAAAUGUCAGUGAAGCUAUAAAAUUAAAUGGUGUUAUUGGUGUUGAUGUUUCAGGUGGUGUUGAAACUGAUGGUGUAAAAGAUCAUUCCAAAAUUAUAAAAUUUAUACAAAAUACAAGAAGUUUAUAA